AAACGGUACGACGAGCUCCUCGAGGACCAGACGGACCCCCCCAGCACCCCCCCACCAUCGAGCUGCGCCACCGGCACCGCUCGCGGUCGCCCCACCUGCACCCAGUCCCACGGCGUUCCCCACCCUCGCUCCUCCAUCCUCAGAUGGGCUUGGCCGAGGACUCACAGCAGGCGUCUUCGCAGCUGCCCGACAGCAACCAUCACGCGCCCGAGGACCUGUACCCGCUCUCCGUGUCUCCGGCGGCACCUGCCAACGGGCACUGCGGGCCUGGACGCGACUCCGGAGCCGUCUCGCGGGGGGUCAGCAGCAACAGCCCUCACGGCGGCGGGCAUGAGGAGCCGUCACCCUCGCCACGGGUCAUUCAGCUAAUGCCCAGCGCCAUCAUGCACCCCCUGUUGCUGAGCCCCGGCCGGGCAGGCGCCGGUGGCGACUACCGGCAUGGCCGAGCGGCCAUCCACGCCCCGGCCCAUGAGAAUGAGAGAGAAGGGCACGGUGGCAAAGGCGCCUGGCACCAGCACCACGCCCUCAGCGCAUCCCAUCACCCCCACCCCCACGCACACCAGCUGGCCCAGAGCGGGCAUCCGCACCACCCGCACGGGCACCACCCGCACCACCAGGAGGAGGGCCGCUUCCGUAACCACGUCAUCGUGCCUGUCUCGCCGCCCGAGGACCAAGGGAUGCCCAUUGGACGGAUAGCAGACUGCAGGCUCCUCUGGGACUACGUGUACCAGCUCCUGUCUGAUAGCCGGUACGAGAACUACAUUCGCUGGGAGGACACAGAGUCCAAAGUCUUCCGCAUCAUGGACCCCAAUGGCCUGGCCCGGCUCUGGGGAAACCAUAAGAAUAGGACCAAUAUGACAUACGAGAAGAUGUCAAGAGCAAUGAGACACUACUACAAACUGAACAUCAUCAGGAAAGAGCCAGGACAAAGACUGCUGUUCAGGUUCAUGAAGACCCCGGAUGAGAUCAUGAACGGAACGUCAGAGCGUCUGGAGCACUUGGAGUCGGACACUGACGAGCAGAACUAUGUGAAGGGAGAGAGCCCUAACAACUCCGCCUGCACGCGAGAGGUACAUAUGAGGACUUUAAGCAAAUUUAUGUGAAGGAGGAGUGUUGAGAGCAGCGACGAGGAGACCUAUGGACUGUUAUACCACAGAUGCCUCACACGUGUGAACAAUCAGUCGCUCGGCCUGCACUGGUGCGAAGCACACCAACCUGCGCUCCCUUCUACUGGAGAGACAGAGAAAGAGAACGAGAAAGAAAGGGAAAGAAAAGGAAAAAAAAAAAAAACGGACACCUGUGUUUUAGAUCAAACCGCAAAUCUUAAACAGAUACCUGAGAAGUGACAUGGCUAAAGAGCUGCAAUGCGUUUUUUUAAGGAAAAUCUUGCUUCUGAAAUGCUAUAAGUGGAGAGAGAGGAACAACCUUUUAUUCCUUCUGCCUUGCUUGUACAGAUGACCUUUUAGUCCAAUCAAUGGAUUCACACCUUUUUGCUGAUUUGUUUUCCCCCUCAGUUUUUAUUUUUAUCUUGUGUAUAUUGAAUGAGGAUAUGACGAUUUUUGUUUUUUAAAAAAGAGGGGUGGGAUGUUUUCAAACUAUUGCUGUUGUGACAAAUGUUUUCUGAAUCCACAAAUUCAUUUCUGAAAAUAAAUAUUGUCACUCCUGA